AUGGAUUCUACAGGAUUUAAGGUAGCCCUAGGCUGUAUAGCUAUUCGUUUGGCUGUGAUCUGCCUUUUCCCCUCGUUGCAACAACAAUUAGACCAAUCCGUAGAAUUUUCAACACCCGUAACCUCAUUUAGGUCACUACAGGAAGGAUUAUAUCUACUGCGAAACAACAUUCAAGUAUAUAAUCAUGGGGUGGUUCAUCAUCCUCCAAUUUUGGUCUUUUUCCUAUCCCUUUUCACUUCUGGCACGUCAAUCUCACUCAUAUACGCCUUCAUUGAUGGAUUGAUUGCAUAUCAGUUGACGAAAAUGACUAAGGUUUUCAAGAACCUAAGGGUGAAAAGCUGGCUACCAGGACUCCUUUAUGCUGUAAAUCCCUUGGUCCUACUAUCCUGCAUUAGCCGGUCAUCAAUCAUAUUCACUAAUUUCUUCAUUUCCUCGUCAUUGUAUUGCUUAUUAACCGAAGGCAAUGUUAUUUUAUCCUCUGUUAUGAUUUCCGUGUCAGGAUACUUGUCGCUAUAUUCCAUUCUGCUCUUAAUUCCGCUAUUAGGUAUGCUCAAAAACUGGAGACAAAGAAUGUUCUCUGUCGUCGUUUCCGCAUUAUCCUUAUCAAUUCUGCUAUUAUUAAGCUAUACUAUGUCAGGCAAAAGUUGGUCAUUUUUGUCACAAGUUUAUGGAUCUGCCAUAAGUUUUGAAAAAGUUUUCCCCAAUCUAGGUUUGUGGUGGUACUUUUUUAUUGAGAUGUUUGACACCUUUAUACCGUUCUUUAAGGCUGUAUUCAAUAUUUUUAUUGUAGCAUUCAUAGCGCCAUUUACAUUGCGCUAUCACAAGCAGCCAUUCUACGCAUUUAUUUUGUGUAUUGGAUGGAUCGCUCUAACGAAACCAUAUCCCUCCCUAGGUGAUGCCGGUUUUUUCUUCAGCUUCUUACCCUUUUUUGCACCAUUAUUUGGUUAUCUAAGGUACCCCAUCAUAUCAGCAUUGCUAUUUCUACACGCAAUUGUUUUGGCCCCCAUUUUUUAUCAUCUGUGGGUUGUUUUAGGUUCAGGUAACAGUAACUUUUUUUAUGCUAUUUCUCUUGUUUAUGCCUUGGCUAUAGCAUCUAUUUUAGUUGACUUGAACUGGGCAAUGCUGAGAAUUGAAUACGAUAAUGGUGUGCCCAAUUUCAAAUUGAAAGUAACACAAAUCUGA